UCAACCUAAUUGUUAAAGCACAUUAGCUAAGCUUAGCAACAGAAACAUUCUGAGGUCUAGAAGAAUCGUGAGUGAUUAAGUUGUGUUUAUCUCUGACUGUAUGAUUGAGUAACUCUAGUCUAAUAUGGCUUAAGUAAGCGUUUCAGUGUGCUUUACUGGUAAAACAGAAAGAGUAACGGCUGAAAAUGAUUGAACCUGAGAUCCUAACUGAAGUCCCUGCAUCUCUGAAGCGGCUGGCUAAGCAGGUUGUAAGGGGUUUUUAUGGAGUAGAACAUUCCUUGGCCCUGGAUGUUCUGAUACGCAACCCUUGUGUGCGAGAAGAGGACAUGCUGGAGCUGCUGAAGUUCGACCGGAAACAGCUGCGCUCUGUGCUCAACACCCUGAAAGCAGACAAGUUUGUCAAGUGCCGCAUGAGAGUGGAGACGGCGCCUGAUGGCAAGACAACGCGGCACAACUACUAUUUCAUCAAUUACAGAGUGCUGGUUAACGUGGUAAAGUACAAACUGGAUCACAUGCGACGGCGCAUUGAGACAGAUGAACGGGACUCCACCAACCGUGCCUCCUUCAGAUGCCCCUUCUGCUCCUCCACUUUCACUGACCUGGAGGCCAAUCAGCUUUUUGAUCCCAUGUCAGGUAUGUUUCGCUGCACCUUCUGUCAGACUGAGGUAGAAGAAGAUAAUUCAGUCUGCCCUGAUGCCAGGACUCUUGUGGCCCGCUUUAAUGAGCAAAUCGAGCCCAUCUACGCACUCCUACGCGAAACUGAAGAUAUUAACUUGUCCCAUGACCUGCUGGAGCCGGAGCCUGCUGAGAUCCCUGCUCUCAAACAGAGUCGUGAACGAGCUGCAGCGGCUGCAGGAAAUGCUGCAGGCGGACAACAUCGUGAGGCCUGGUCUAACAAAGGAUCAUCCUACGCUGAUCUGUACAUCCAGAAUGUGGUUAUCAGCAUGGAGGAGCAGGAUAACCAGAAGAAGCAGGUCAACGAGGGCAAAGCCCCCAAGGAACGGCCUGUUUGGUUGACGGAGAGCACGGUGCACGGUGCUUACAACGAGCCUGAUGCUCUCAAGAGCCGUGGCGACUCUGUACCCGGAGCUCAGGAUGGCGCAGCUGGUCAUGGAGCAGGUCAGGUGGAUGAAAACGAGGAAGUAAUGCGCGCUCUGCUUAUCCACGAGAAGAGGGCUGUUGCAGGAGCAGGUGUGGGUGGAGCAAGCGCAGCUGCCAGGGGUCUUGCCUCCGCCACAGCUAACGCGAGUGACUCAGAGAGCGACACCAGUGAAUCAGAGGACGAACUCCCCUUGGGCCCUACUACUGCCACAGCCUCUCAGCGUCGCGCUGAUAAAGAGGUCGAAGAAGAGGAUGAUGACGAUGACUUUGAGGAGGUGGGGGAUGAGCCGAUGGUGAUGGUGGGGGGCCGACCGUUCUCGUACAGGGAAGUGAGCCAAAGGCCUGAGCUGGUGGAGCAGAUGUCUGUUCAGGAAAAGGAGGCAUACAUAGAGAUGGGACAAAACCUUUUCCAAGACAUGUUCUUCUGAAGACACACAGAAUUUGACAUGCUGUAAGUUACAUAUGAUUGAUGACUGAUGCCUCUGCUGUCUUACACUGUCAGUGGAGAACUUCUAAAGAGGAAACAAGAUGCUGCUCCAUAAACUUCAAUGUAUGUCAUUAAAACCACAAAUGUUUGCCUUGCUAGUGUUUUUCCAGCGGUUAUAUUUGUAGUAUUUCCUUCUGAAGUGUUUUUGAAAGUUACCAAACCAAACAAGAACUGAUAACCUGCAGUCUGCCAACCAUGCUUUCUUUUCAUUUUCCAGUUUGCUUCAAUUCAAAAUUAAAUAGUCUGCACCAGAAAGGUUUGAGCCAUAGUUAUCCAUUUGACGGACAGAAGGGACACAACAUUUGUUUUAAUCGAUACAACUGUCCACACACCGACGUACGUCUCAUAAUUGCAUUGAUUGUGUGAGAACUGCUUAAAGAAGAGAACUUCACAGUGCGGGGGUUGGACAGUAAAACACUGAACAAGCUGCUGCUUUCAACAGGCUUGGUCUGAACUCUCAUCUCAGCCAAAAUACAGAGAAAGAAAGAGAUCUUUGUACAUUUUUGUGGGCAACAGUAAAGCAUUUGUAACUUUGAGAUAUUUGUAAUAAAAUAUUGCCACACUG